AUAUAUCUUUAUCGAUAUCUUUAUCGAUAUCUUCUCUUCAAAUCUCCCAAGAACGUACAACGAGUGAGAGUACUGGAAAAGCCUCGGGGUUGGCCAAAAAGCCUCACGGCCACUUCAGUAGUGGGAUGAUGUUCCUCGUAUGGUGUCAAACAGCAUCAGCGAUGAGGCUGGGGCUGAGUGAGGUUGCAGCCCAACGAGGUAGCCAUCUCCUUCCUCCCUUGCUCCCUCCAACUCAAUCAAUCACCGCCUCCCACGUCUCCACGCCUCCUCCUCACAUCCCCCCACCGUGCCCAUUCUCCGUACCAUACCAUCAAUCCCGUACUAUCCCAUCCCAUAUCCGCUAGAAGGACUCAUUUCCUUCUAGCGCUGUACCAAGAACCAAGGCUAACUCUCCUGCCUGCUAUGCUAAUAUGGCUGCCCAUUCAUUCAUUCCCCCUCUUCACGUCACAUUCAUUCCAGUAUUUGCAUAUAUAAAGGGACCAUUCACCUCUUCUCCCUCCCUUCUUUUCUUUAUUCUCUAGGCUUCAUUCGAUUUUAUUCGAUUCCUGUGUUCACUCAACUCAUCGACUCUCGCGUCACUCGCCCGCUCAUACGUUUAUCACACAACCCCCCAACACUCUGCUAAUCAAUCCCACAUCAAUCUCACAUCAAUCUCUCACAACAGCCACAAUGGUUUUCUAUACCAUUGCCCAGCCAGAUGAGUACCUGGCCAUCACCGGUGCGGGUGUCCGCACCGUCAAGAUCGCCAAGAAGGGCUUCAUCUGGCCCAUGCAGAAAUGCAUGCGCUUCACUAUUCAGCCCCGUGAUUAUCCAAUGAAUUUACGCGCAAUGACCAAAGAGAAGCUCCAAUUCGAGCUCCCCGUCGUCUUCACCGUCGGCCCCGACCUCAACCAGCGAGGCGACAACGCCAUAGUCCAUGGCGAGGCCAGCGCCGAGGACCGUGAGGACCGCGGCGACGCACUGAUGAAAUACUCCAUGCUCCUCGCUGGCGCCGCCACCACUGGCGGCCACGCCCACAUCGAGAGCAUCGUCAAGGGUAUCAUCGAGGGCGAGACCCGUGUCCUCGUCAGUUCCAUGACUAUGGAAGAGAUCUUUACAGAGCGCGAGCAAUUCAAGAAACGCAUUUACCACAACAUCCAGUCCGAGCUCGACCAAUUCGGCCUGAAAAUCUACAACGCAAACGUCAAGGAGCUUACCGAUGCUCCCAACUCCAACUACUUCGCCUCUCUCUCCCGCAAAGCCCACGAAGGCGCAUCCAACCAAGCUCGUGUCGACGUUGCUGAAGCACAAUGGCACGGUAACGUAGGCGAAGCUGAGCGCCAGGGUCGCCAGAACCGCGAGAUAGCCAAGAUCCACGCCGAGACCGCAGUCCAGAAGACUGAGCGAGACACUGAGAAAUCGCAAGCCGAGGCGCUCCUCGCUACCCGCAAAGCGGCGUUUGAUCGCGACGUCAACAUCGCCAAGAUCGAAGCCAGCCGUGCUGUCGAGGUAAAGGACGAGCAGCUCCGCAAGGACGUCGAGUCCCUCCGCGCCGCUACCGAAAUCGAACGUCUCCGUGCCUCCGAUGUCGUGAAGGCUACUAUCCUGAGAGAAUCCCAGCAACAAGCCUCAGAUGCCCGCGCCUACGAGACUCAAACCAAAGCCUCCGCCGAUUUCUUCCUCGCCCAAAAGGCAGCAGAGGCGCGCGCAUACGAGACGCAGACGAAGACGACCGCGGACGCCGACCGCGAGAAGCAGACUGCCCAGGCUAAGGCAUUCGAGACGCAAGCCAAGGCCGAUGCAGAUAAAUUCCGCGUCACCCGCGCCGCAGAGGCGACAUACGUUGCCGAUUCCAAGAAGGCGGAGGCAGAAGCCUACAAGCUCAAGGUUAUUGCAGAGUCCAGCUUCCUCGCCGAAGCAAAGAAGGCGGAUGCUGAGGCGUACCGCGUUAAGGUUGCCGCGGAGGCAGCUUACAUCAAAGCCACCCGCGCCGCUGAGGCCGGCAAGAUCGCGCGCCAAGCCGAGGCAGAGGGUCUCACAGCCAUGGCAGGCGCAUACGCCGCUAUGAGCGACGCCUUUGGUGGCCCCGCUGGCUUGGUCCAAUACCUCAUGCUCGAGAAGGGGGUCUACGGCGAGCUGGCACGCGCCAACGCGCAGGCGGUGCAGAAUCUCAACCCCAAGGUUACGGUGUGGAACACGGGGAACCAGGCGGGGAAUGGAGAGGGGGGGAGGGGGGUGCGGAUGCGGGGGCGAGUAUUAGGAAUGUGUACCAGAUGCUGCCGCCGCUGA